AUGCAAAUCACCCAUGUAUACAGUGCGGGCAAUGCUAGAUUUUGUCAGUCUCUCUGGAAGUAACUUUCUAGAAACAUGCGGAGUGUAAAGAAAUUAUUAGUUGUGGUUGCUUUUGCUCUUACCUUACAAUUUUCACUAUCAUAUGGAUUGUUUAAUGAACAUCAACGGGUAAAAAACAAGCAUCAAGUUGAUAAAAUAAAACGAAAUGGGCAUUGUAAUGGUUUCCAGUGCACGUCGGGAAUCUGUAUAGACUUUGAAUAUACAUGUGACGGUGACCCAUCAGACUGCGAAUACAACGGCGAGGACGAAAACUAUUACAUGUGUAACAGUCGUCGUGAGUGCCCAAGUACUGACCAAUAUCUCUGCCCAAGUGGCCGAUGCAUAAAAUUGAUUUGGAUUUGUGAUGGAGUGCACGAUUGUAGUGAUGGAUCUGAUGAAACUCAAAACUGUUUAAAAAGAACGUGCGAUGCCGACCAGUUUCUUUGCAGCACUGGGUCAUGCCUUCCAAAGCAACUGAUCUGUAAUGGAUUUGCAGAUUGUACAGAUGGAGAAGACGAAGCAGCUUGCAACAUUGAGGUAGCCUGUGACCCUGAUGAGUUUCAAUGUGAAGAUAAAUCUUGUAUUAGUAAAUCUAAAGUGUGUGAUGGUUGGAAGACUUGUUGGCCGAAUGGUGAAGACGAGGCAGCAUGUAACAUCGAGGUUGGUUGUGACGAUGAUGAGUUUCAGUGUGAGGAUGACUCCUGCAUUAGUAAAUCAAAAGUAUGUGAUGGUUGGAAGAAUUGUUGGCCAAGUGGUGAGGACGAAGCAGCUUGUAAUUUUGAGGUUGGUUGUGACGAUGAUGAGUUUCAAUGUAGAGAUAAAUCCUGUAUAGGUGCAUCGAAAGUAUGCGAUGGUUGGAAAAAUUGUUGGCCGAAUGGUGAGGACGAGGCAGCUUGCAAUGUUGAGGUUGGUUGUGGCAGUGACGAGUUUCAGUGUGAGGAUAAAUCCUGCAUUAGUGAAUCAAAGGUGUGUGAUGGAUGGAAGAAUUGUUGGCCAAGUGGUGAGGACGAGGCAGUUUGCAAUGUUGAGGUUGGUUGUGGCAGUGAUGAGUUUCAGUGUGAAGAUAAAUCCUGCAUUAAUGAAUCGAAGGUAUGUGACGGUUGGAAGAAUUGUUGGCCAAGUGGUGAGGACGAGACAGCUUGCAAUGUUGAGGUUGGUUGUGGCAGUGAUGAGUUUCAGUGUGAAGAUAAAUCCUGCAUUAGUGAAUCAAAAGUAUGCGAUGGUUGGAAGAAUUGUUGGCCAAGUGGUGAGGACGAGACAGCUUGCAAUGUUGAGGUUGGUUGUGGCAGUGAUGAGUUUCAGUGUGAAGAUAAAUCCUGCAUUAGUGAAUCAAAAGUAUGCGAUGGUUGGAAGAAUUGUUGGCCGAGUGGUGAGGACGAGGCAGCUUGCAAUGUUGAGGUUGGUUGUGACGAUGAUGAGUUUCAAUGUGAAGAUAAGUCUUGUAUAAGUGAAUCGAAAGUAUGUGAUGGUUGGAAAAAUUGUUGGCCAAAUGGUGAAGACGAGGCAGCUUGCAACAUCAUAACUUGUUCAAAAAAUGAAUUUAAAUGUGAAGAUGACAUCUGCAUUGAUAACGCAUUAGUUUGUGAUGGUUGGAAACAUUGUUACCCACAAGGCGAAGAUGAGAAGGAUUGUAUAAAGUGCGAAAACGGAUUCGAAUGUAAGGAUGGAUUGUGUUUAGAUAAAAGUAAAGUGUGUGAUGGUGUAAAACACUGCUAUCCUGGUGGUGAAGACGAGCAGUGUAAUAUCGUACAAUGUACAGAUAAUGAGUUCCAAUGCAGUGACGGUAAAUGUAUUGACCAAUCUUAUGUUUGUGAUGGAUGGACACAUUGUUGGCCAGAUGGUGAAGAUGAAUCUACCUGUAACAUUGAAGUUGGUUGUGGUGAUAAUGAGUUCCAAUGUGAAGAUAAAUCCUGCAUUAGUGAAUCAAAAGUAUGUGAUGGUUGGAAAGAUUGCUGGCCAAAUGGUGAAGACGAAGCAGCUUGCAACAUCGUAACUUGUUCAAAAAAUGAAUUUAAAUGUAAAGACGACACUUGUAUUGAAAGCUCAUUGGUUUGUGAUGGUUGGAAACAUUGUUACCCACAAGGCGAAGAUGAAACAGAUUGUAUAAAGUGCGAAAACGGAUUCGAAUGUAACGAUGGAUUGUGUUUAGAUAAAAGUAAAGUAUGUGAUGGUGUAAAACACUGCUAUCCUGGUGGUGAAGACGAGCAGUGUAAUAUUAUAAAAUGUACAGGCAAUGAGUUUCAAUGUAGUGACGGUAAAUGUAUUGACCAAUCUUAUGUCUGUGAUGGAUGGACACAUUGUUGGCCAGAUGGUGAAGAUGAAUCUACCUGUAACAUUGAAGUUGGUUGUGGUGAUAAUGAGUUCCAAUGUGAAGAUAAAUCCUGCAUUAGUAAAUCGAAAGUAUGUGAUGGUUGGAAAAAUUGUUGGCCAAAUGGUGAAGAUGAGUCAUCUUGUAAAUUAGUAACUUGUUCAAAAGAUGAAUUCAAGUGUAACGAUGAUACCUGUAUUGCUAGUUCAUUGGUUUGUGAUGGUUGGAAACAUUGUUACCCAAAUGGAGAGGACGAGGACAGUUGCAACAUUGAAACUGCCUGUGAAGAUGAUGAAUUUCAAUGCAACGACAAUACUUGUAUCAAGCAAUAUUUUCUUUGUGACGGAUGGGACAAUUGUUUGCCAAACGGGGAAGAUGAACACAGUUGUCAGCUCUUAGAUGAAGAUAUUCUGCAAGAGCGACUGCAUUCACUUUAUGAGAAUUUUGAGAAAUUGGCAGUUCUGGUGGAAUUACUAGAAAAUAACGAUGAUAAACUUACCGAACGGCUCGAUUACUUAGAGAAUCAGAUAAACGGCCUUCACGAAUACGGUAGUCUGGAUAAGACGCAGAAGAGACAACUCGACGACAAGUCUUCACUUAACUCUAUUAAAAAAUUGAAUAAACUAAACUCUAUUACAAGCCGGAUAGAAAAACUCAAAGAUCUCUUAAAUAGUGCGCACAAUAGGUAGUAUUACAAUAGUACAAUACAAUAGUAUAAUGGUAGUAGUAGUACAAUAUGCCAUAUUGACAAUAUCUAUCAAUUUUGUUAUAGGAUAACCUACAAAUAAUUUCAUAUCAUAUUGUAUAUCAUGUGAUUAAAACAGGAUACUGCAUCAAUGCGUACACAUAAUUAUUACUGUUAUCUAAUCAUUUAAAAUAAGACUAUUGCUACUAAACAACGUAGCAAUAAUGAUUCAUGCACCUAUAUGUAGACUAACCAUUUUUAAUAUGUUAUCAAAGUCGGCUGAAGUGUUGAAACCAAUUUAAGUGGAACGUUUAAUUACUUCCCGUUUCAUAAACCAACAGAUAGCAUAUUGUGAUUGAAAGUAUAAUUAAGUCACAUGGUUCUUUAAUUUAUAUUAAUUGUUGUUGUCAUGAUAAUACUCGAUGAGAAAGAACAGUUGACCAAAUA